AUGUCUUAUACCGUUGCAAUCUUGAACUCACCUGUGUUCUCUCCAUCUAGGGUUUGUUCUUCUCAUUUCUGUAAAUCCUCACUCUCAUCUUCCCUAGAUAAAAACCUUUCUCUAACCCUAACCCACUGGCCUUCUUCUUCUUCGCUGUUUAGGCUUCGGCUACAGAAGCCUCCAAGCAGGCUUAAUAGGGCUUCUAAUGAUUGUGCAGUUUCUACUUCAUCUUCGUCUUCUUCUCCAUCGGUGCUGUUGAAGAGGAAGAGGCCGGCAAGGCUGGAUAUUCUGAAUUCAGGAAUGGGUUUUGGUGGUGGUUGUAUGGUGACGCCGGUAGUGGGAAUGGAGAGGAGGGAGGUUAUGGAGGCUGAGAGUGAUGGGUAUUUGGUGUUUGGUAAGAGGGAAAGAAGGGAAGCCAUGAAAGAUGGGCACUCAGCCCUCCUCAAUCUUCAAGGAGUUCCCAAACAGUGA